CUUGGCCUGGGUCUUUCAGCGCUAACUGUGGAGCAGCACCCAUGUCCUCCUGCUAUCAAGGAUGAGUCCUGUUACCUGCCCACCGGAGGCAUCCAGUGCCACCGCUCUUCAUAAGAAAGGCCUAGGGACACACAGGAGAGGAGGUAACGCGGGGCUGAUGUGAUCCCAUCCCACCAGUGCCAGAGGAGGGACGGAUGGAGAACUUCACGCCACUGUCCUCGGGGCAAAAAAUGGUGUCCGAAACGCACGGUAGCGCCUGCCAGGCCUCCUUUCAGGAUACUUCAUUACGAAGCAGCAGGAAUUGACCCACAGUUGCUGCUGGAGUGAGCCAGUGAUGGGGGGCAUGGAGAGGGGGAAGAUGUGGCUUCUGCAGUGACUUUAACUGAUGAAAUCAUGCUCCCCCAAAUGAAUGGAUGGGUUUCUUGCUUCUCUUUCCUCCUGUUAUGUACUUACUACAUGGCUGCGGCAAGAAAUGCAAAUACACUGCUAGAGCUGAGCCCCCAGGAGUAUUUCAGUAGCUUGCAGCCGGGAAGAGCGUCCCUGGUUUAUUUUAGUCGAGAUGUUUCUCCAGGUGUCCGUCUGUUUCUGGAACAGCUAGAGAACUCGGUCGGAGCUCUUCAGGAUUAUGGGAUUUCAGUGGUGAAGGUUAAUUGUCUCAAAGAAGAUGUAUCAAGAUAUUGUGGGAAAGAAAAUGCCUUAAUGAAAGCAUACCUGUUCAGAGGUAACGUAUUGCUCAGAGAAUUCCCCACAGAUGCCCUGUUCGACGUGAAUGCCAUUGUAGCCAAUACCCUGUUUGCCCUUCUCUUUAACGAAGUUAAAUAUAUUACAACGCUGGUGGAGCUUCAGAAUCUAGAAAAUUCUCUGAAGGGACGAUCAAAUGUCGUCUUUGCCUAUGUGCCAGCGAUUGGAACGCCAGAGCACAGAGCAGUAAUGGAAGCUGCUUUUGUAUAUGGUACUGCCCACCAGUUUGUUUUAACCACAGAAGCGGCGCUGGCGAAGGACAUUGGCCAUGAAGAUUCUGAUGCAUUGUCUGCUCGACUCUUCUUCUGCCAUUGUCAGCGGGUCCCGGAUCUGACCCAGCCGUGUAGGAGGACUCCCAUGGUGCAAUCACUGGCCACGCUGAACAUCCACACGUAUCUCAAACUGAUGGCAGCACCCAUUGUGACUGAAGUUGCUGAAGAUCCAGAAAAGGUUUCAACUGUCCACCUACAGCUCGGUCUGCCGUUGGUAUUUAUUCUCAGUCAGAAGGAGACCUAUGAAGUUGAUAAGAGAACUGCUGAAUUUGUUGCGUGGCAGCUGCUGGGGAAAGCAGGAGUUGCCCUCUUGUCAAGGGACUCCGUACAUCUGAACGUUCUUCUCCAGUCUAACAUAGCCCUCAAGACAGCAGAAGAGGGUGCGCCGAUCAAAUACCUGGUUUUGGAAGACACUGAUGAAAUAAUAGCCCUUGUGGAAGGCGAGAUAAAGGGCGAACAGAUCCAGGAAGAUGAGGAUGAAAGUGACAAUAAUGACCAGGACAUUCAAGAUGACCAGGUGAUGGAAGCGGUUUACAGAGACAGGAAGCGAGAACUCCCUUUGGAACUCAUCCGUACCCUGACAGAAGAAACUUUUAAUGCUGCUCUGAUGGAGACCGCCCACAUGGUGGUGCUAUUCUAUGCCAGUUGGGAAGCGGUGUCUCUGGCGAUGUUGCAGUCGUAUGUAGAGGUGGCCAUUGCGUUAAAAGGAACCCAAGGAAUUUCACUUGCCAAAGUAAACUGCUGGGACUGGCCUGAUGUCUGCAUGAAGCAGAAUGUCACCCAAUUUCCCAUUACCAAGAUGUAUGAGAAGGGAGCAAGGUCACUGACUUACACUGGCAUGCUCGGAACAGCAGAGCUGCUCAGAUUCCUGAGGCUAAGCAGCAUUUCCUGCCCUGUGAAGCUGACUACCAUUGAAGAAGUGGAUGAAUAUUUAAGCGGGGAAGUCCAUGCCGACUCGUCUUCUUACCACAGCACAUCAGUUCUGGGAAUAUUUCACCCUCGCAUGAAAGCAGCAAGGGAAGCUUUCGUCGAAGCAGGAAACAUGCUCAGGGGAUAUGUAACAACAGGACUGUAUGCUGAAGAUGAUGCGUUGGUUCUGGCCCGUAAAUAUGCCGUGCCUCUUCCAGCGCUGCUUCUAGCUAGGCGUGACGAUCACAGAAUAGAUAGCGUCCCGCUAUCAAAACAGAGUGCACUGGACAUAGUUCGGACAAUCAGGUCCCAAUUACUGGAAACAUUUCCAGAAAUCACAGUGGAAAAUCUCCCCGACUACUUGAGCCUGGAAAAACCCUUACUCAUUUUGUUCAACGAUGGAGGCCUAAAUCGAAGAGUGAGACUGGAAAUGUUGAGUUUGGCGAAUGGAAAGGGCCACGAGGCGUUUCUCACUUGCUGGAUGAACCUGAAAAACACUCCUGUAGGCCGAGGAGUCCUGAAGGCAUAUUUCAGCACUCCACCUCCUCUGCCUCUUCUUGCCUGGGUGAACCUUCAUUCCGGCGGUCAAGUAUUUGCAUUUCCUUCAGACCAAUCUGUCACCGAAACGAACGUCUUGGCUUGGCUCGAGAAAUUAAAAGCCGGGCUCGAGAUUCCCAGCACUACUUUGUCUGACGAAGCCUGGAAGCCUCCUCUUCCUGCUUACAAUUUCUUACGCAUGAUGGAGGCCACCCUGCCUGAAUUCACAGUGCACACAGUUUAUAGUCGUGGUGGUACCGAUGACCUGCAGCAGGCAGAAGAGGUCUCUGAAGAGAAGUCGACGGUCCGAGAGGAGCAGGUGGAAGAACCGGGGCUGGAAGCAGAGAAAGGCCAGUCGCCAGGGAGAGACUUGCGUGGCACAGUCCCAAGGCUCGUAGGAAGAGAGAAGCCGCCCAAGCGACACACGGAGCUGUGAUGGCCAACGAUCAGCCUAUGGGUGCUAACGAAGGCCGUUAGAAGGGUGGCCAGGAUGUUGCACCCCUGCCGAUCCGAUCUUUAAAAUGGUCAUAGCGAUUCUUUAAAACCAAAAGGGAUGUGGUUGUGUGAAACUGGUCAUGGAGUGAAGGCCGCAGCAGGAUUAUGGUUUAAAGCCCGAUUUCCAAGCCGAUCAAGCGCAGGUCAUUUUGUCUAGCUAUGAUCUGUGUUACCGCAGCCAGGCUCUGAGAAUGUUCCUGGCUGCUGCGGGAGCAUCCGUCAGGUCACCACUUAAAUCUCACCUAUUGUAUUGCGUUUCAUGGUAAAUCAGGAAGGGAAAUAGCCUAGCGGUCUGCAUUUUGCAAGCUGAUCAGGACGUGUGAACAAGCUAAUUCCUAUUGCUGAGGGCUCUGUCCACACACCGAACUAUCCCAGUCUAGUUAAAGCCUAGUGUAUGUGCAGUGAUACUGGUAUAAAUGUGAUUACUCCAGCAUAAGGCACCUUUACACCAGUAUAACUGUGUCCACACUAGGGGUAUGUCUACACUACCCGCCA